AUGGCUCCUGAACCGUUGACCAGCGUCGCCGUCGUAGUCCGCUCGCGGCCCGGAAUAGCAGAGCUCACACAUGUGACGGAUACAUUGUCGGCCUACCUCGACUACUCGUCGAGUCUGCCAUUAGCUCGAGCCUGUGCCUUGAGCUCCGUGUCGCUACCACGGAGAGUGUGGGACAUCAGCAAGUCUGCAGAGACCGUUGUGGAUCCGUGGUGCCAGCCCACGAAUAGCUGGUGUCCAUCCAGAAUGCUUUGGAGCAAUCAGUUCUACUAUCAAGACCAGUUCUCCAAAGGAAUAGUCGAAGCUUGCAAACAUGCAGACGUGGGCACAGUACAGUGGCUGGUGGAUCACUUCGCAGGCUGUAUAGUGCCACCUGAAGCUGUAGAGGCAAUAGCUCAACGAGACAAGCGAGAAAUUCUUCAAUUAUUACUAAAAGUUCACGAAGAGCACAAGAAGACGUCGAUGCCUGGUGCUCGUAUCCAGGCCGCAAAAAAGCCUCACCAAGUUAAAUUCUGGGAGAGCAAUGCCCUCGUUGCUGCAGCGACGGGGGGACACGGAGAUCUGGUACUGUGGCUCUACAGAGAGGUGUUCCACGGCUUCUACAUGCAGAGUAACCAGGAAGUGAUGGAUGAACUCGCACGUCACGGAGAUGUAGACGCAGUGCGAUGGCUGGUAUCCGAAGGGUGGCAGCCUCCUCGUCUCUACUUUGCAGCCGAAGGAGGCAACAUCGCUAUGGUACAGUGGCUCUUAACUCAGAGUCGCGACGCUGGUAAGCAAUGGGCGCUCAAGAACGCGGCCGCUCAGGGUCAUCUGGAGAUCGUGAAGCUGCUUGUAAGUGAAGGCAUGGUGUAUCUUGAUGGCGAGGCAUUCUACGAUGCAGCAGCAAACGGCCACUUGUCGGUAGUGCAGUGGCUAAAAGAGAGCAAUCUGGGCUUGAAGAUGGCGUAUAAAGCUAUGGAUUUGGCAGCAACCAACGGACACUUGGAAGUUAUGCAAUAUCUGCAUAGCAACUGCUUGGCUACUUGUACGCACCACACGAUGCGUAAAGCGGCGAGUAAUGGCCACCUGCACAUUGUCACGUGGCUUCACCUGCAAUUCAGAGGUCACUCCAGCAUCGACUUGUAUGCGGCUGGAUCCAAGCAGCAAUUCAACACGACAGUGAUGGAUAUUGCCGCGAUGAAUGGCCAUCUCCAUGUGAUGGAAUACUUGCAUAGCUCUGCGAUAACGAUGGAUACACUCGCCACGGAUGACGAGGAAAUACUCGAGAAAACAGUCCCAAUAUGCACAUCUGCGUCGGUCCAGUUUGCUGCUGCUGGCGGCCAUCUUGAAGUGCUGAAAUGGCUUCAUGAGAAUUGCUGGACGGAGCCUUCUGUAGACAUCAUGGACGUUGCAGCAGCCAGUGGCAAUCUGGAGUUAGUCAAGUGGCUCCACGAACAUGCUGCGGCUAAGUUCUCGACGGCAGCCAUGGAUGGUGCUGCCAAGGAAGGUCAUCUGGCUGCGGUCAAGUGGCUGCAUGACAACUCACCUGAAGGAUGCACAGUCAGAGCAAUAGAUGAGGCGGCCGCUAUGGGCCAUCUAGAUGUCGUGCAGUGGCUCAGUAAGAAUCGAAGCGAGGACUGUUCCACCAAAGCUCUGGACGGUGCAACGAGUGGAGAUCACUUUGAUGUGGCGCUGCUUCUGACUAGAGUGGAGUAUCCCACACACCGCUAG